UAUGGUCACAAAGUCGCGAGGUUUCCUGGGCCAAGAGGCGACCCGAGGCCGCAUCCUGCAACCAUGAAUUUACUGAUACCAGUUCCUGCCAGUCAGGCCUGAAACCCUGGCUCUGGAAGCAGCCAGCAGCCCUUCGGGAUCUUAGUCUUCGGACCCCUGAGCCAUCCCCACAUCUGGAGCGGAGUCAUUCAGGUGACAAGUGAAGGUACUCUCCACCAAGACCUGAAAAAUGGCAUCUGGACAAGGACCAGGUCCUCCGAAGGAGGACUGCGAUGAGUCCCCAUCCCCUUCUGAACAGCAGGUUGCCCAGGACACAGAGGAGGUCUUUAGAAGCUACGUUUUCCACCUCCACCAACAGGAACAAGAGACCCAGGGGGCGGCUGCCCCUGUGAACCCCGAGAUGGACAACUUGCCCCUAGAUCCCAACAGCGUCUUGGGUCAGGUGGGUCGGCAGCUCGCUCUCAUCGGAGACGAUAUUAACCGGCGCUAUGACACAGAGUUCCAGAAUUUACUGGAACAGCUUCAGCCCACAGCUGGGAAUGCCUACGAACUCUUCACCAAGAUCGCUUCCAGCCUAUUUAAGAGUGGCAUCAGCUGGGGCCGUGUGGUGGCUCUCCUGGGCUUUGGCUACCGUCUGGCCCUCUAUGUCUACCAGCGUGGUUUGACCGGCUUCCUGGGCCAGGUGACCUGCUUUUUGAUUGAUAUCAUACUGCACCAUUACAUUGCCAGAUGGAUCGCACAGAGAGGCGGUUGGGUAGCAGCCCUGAAUUUGCAUAGAAACCCCAUCCUGAGCGUAAUGGUGAUUUUUGGUGUAGUUCUGUUGGGCCAAUUUGUGGUACACAGAUUCUUCAAAUCAUGACUCCUGGGGAGCCCCUUUGGGGCCCCAGCCACAUACCUGCCUGGACUAAACCUCCCCCUACCCCGGUCCGUUCCCCCCCCACAACAGUCCUCUCCUUCCUCCGAGGGCAAAGACGCUUUAGCAAACAGGGGCCCCCUGCUUUGGAAAGCCACUGCCCAGGGCUCAUCAAGGCAGCAUGAACACCCCAACACUGCAUGGUGCUACUGAACCCCAUCCUGUCUCAGAGGGGUUGACUGAUGCCCUGGGGGGGGGGGCAAGAGGCUGGGCCACCACUUCCCAGAAAGUUACUUUUGUUUUUAUACUACCCUCUAGAUACAGCCCUCCCCUUUUCUCCCUCUGUACCCGAACAUUGAGGGCGUAGGGACCAGUGGUUCUAACCCGUGUUUCCCAGUAAUCCUGCUACUUUGGAAGGUCAGAGCUUGAGAAGGGACCCGAGCACAGUCCUGGCCCUCCCUACAUUGGUCCCAAGAAUAGGACCAUAGGACCAGCUGUAGGAGUACAUGACCUACUCCGUCCACACACCCCCCCACACACACCUCAUCUUCCACUUCCCAGCCUCUGGCCCACUCUCCCC